CCCGUUUUCUUUGUUGUUUUAGAGUGAUCUUGAGCUUGAACACGACCACGUUCGUGACAUUCAUUCAUAACAUUGCGAAUUCCUAGCAUCGAAUUUUGGGGAGUGGUUACACUGCGAUAGGUGGUUACUUCCACGAACUACGGGGCUAGAAGUUCACACCUCAAUUAGACCAACAUGAUAGGCACGUGUUUAACAUUAUCAACAUAAUUGAUAGAGAUAAGAUCAACUAAUAUGUAUAUAAAAGGCAUCAAAUUUUUGGCAAUGAUGCAGAGUACAUCUCGAACAUCACAAGUGGAAUAAUACAAGUGAACAAGAUGAAAGUUACUCUGCUAGCUGUGGUGGCACUCACUACAGUGGCAUCCUUCGUUGGAGCCGCCGAUCCUGAAUGCAUAUACCGGAAGAUACGAGGACUCUCGCCGCACUGGCCGAAACCCUUGAGCUGCUCCACCUACUACCGUUGCUCCUCGAAGAACACCGUGCGGACGGUGACGUGUCCGUUGGGCAAAGAGUACAACCCGAAGAGUGGCCGGUGCUCCAGGGCAGGUCGAGGCCUUUGUAAGCUGAGUCUCAUAGCUCCACUUGCCGAGACCACCAAUGUGUGUUCCUUAGAAGUGAAUGGAGCCUAUCUGGCCAAGAGUGGCUAUUGUGCCGAGUUCUACAUCUGUGACGAGCAGACGGCCUACCCUCAGAAGUGCGACUCAGGAAGCUACUUCAAUAAUACCCAGGGUGCCUGCCUUCCGGACACGAACUCCACCUGCUGGCAGAACCUGUGCGUCGGAAAGACGAGUGGUGUCUUCUUGGCUAACGAGGAGAACUGCGGCAGCUACUAUGUGUGCUCCGACUCGGAGGCCACUCUUCAGACCUGUCCUCUGGGCAGCUUCUUCAACACCACGGUGGCCGCCUGCACCGUCGACACUGGAAACAAGGAAUGCUGGACUAACUUCUGCAUUGGAAAGACUGACGGAUCGGCUGUGGCCGACGAGUCCAACUGCUCCGCGUUUUACGUGUGCUCCAACAACACGGCCACCGCUCAGGAAUGUCCUGAAGGUAGUCACUUUGAAGAUACCAACUGGGGUUGUGUUCCCGGGGAUUGUACCACGGAGUCCCCAACCACAACCACUGAACCCUGUGAUGAGGUGACAACCACCACCACCGAACCCUGUGAUGAGGUGACAACGACAACCACUGCACCCUGCGAUGAGGUGACAACCACCACCACCGAACCCUGUGAUGAGGUGACAACUACAACCACUGCACCCUGCGAUGAGGUGACAACUACAACCACUGAGCCCUGCGAUGAGGUGACAACCACCACCACCGAACCCUGUGAUGAGGUGACAACUACAACCACUGAACCUUGUGAUGAGGUGACAACUACAACCACUGAACCUUGUGAUGAAGUGACAACCACAACCACUGAACCCUGCGAUGAGGUGACAACUACAACCACAGAACCCUGCGAUGAGGUGACAACCACCACCACCGAACCCUGUGAUGAGGUGACAACUACAACCACUGAACCUUGUGAUGAGGUGACAACCACAACCACUGAGCCCUGCGAUGUGGUGACAACCACCACCACCGAACCCUGUGAUGAGGUGACAACGGAACCUCCAGUCUCCUGCGAUUGUGGUGACAUCAAGAACGCCGAAUUAAUUCCCGAUGUGGAUAACUGCCGCAAGUACUUCAUCUGCAGCAAUGGUGUCCUGGUGGCCAAAGAUUGCGGCAAGGGCAACUUGUUCAAUGCCACCCUCAGCGUUUGUGAGGUGGAUUCAAAGAACGAAUGCUGCGUGGCGGAUUGCACAGAUGGUGAAGUGAAAGUAGAUCCCCAGGACUGCACUAAGUACUUCAAGUGUCAAAGUGCCGAUUGGACAUCCACACCGUGUGCAGCAGGAAGCUAUUUUAAUGUAACUCUGCAGACUUGCCAAGUGGACAAGGACAAUGUGUGCAUUGAAGCUUCGACCCCCACAGAGCCCACAGUGUCUACUGUUAACCAAUGCAGUGCCCGAGAUAUCCCAACCAGCGGUAAGAAUUGCUGGAGCUACAAGGCCUGCAUCGAUGGCCAGUGGGAGGAUGAGUCUUGCAUGGCGGACUACUACUUCAACGCCACCUUGGGCAUUUGCCGCCCGGAUACAGAUAACAUCUGUCCGGAGAACAGAUCAAGUGGAUCGCGUCAGAAGAGGAGCGUGGAGGAUUGCACCUGCGAGGGCGGCAUCGCCCAGGGAAGCAUCAUCAGCCAUCCCACCGAUUGCGAUAAGUAUCUGAUCUGCGAGAACGGAGAACUGGUGGAGGGCCUGUGCGGCGUGGGCAAUAUCUUCAAGAAUUGCAGCGGCGUCUGCGCUCCGGACACCAAGGCCACCUGCUGGAAGUGCAUCAACAAACCGAAUGGCUACCAGAUGCUUAAUCCGACUGACUGCACCAGCUACUUGACUUGCUGGAAUGGCCUGGCCACGGAGCACUCUUGUGGAUCCGGCGAGUGGUACAAUGGCAAUGAUGAGUGCGCCAUUGAUAUCUAUGGCAAGUGUAUCAACCCAUGCUCCUGCACCGCCAACGGCAACGUGGCCCAUCCCAUCUGCACCGAUUACUUCAAGUGCACGGACGGAGUCCCCCAGGUGGUGCAGUGCCCCGCCGGUGAGGCCUUCGAUUCUGAAACUGGUCUGUGCUCCGCCACCGCGGAGUGCUCGGCCAAGAGUUGCGCCACCGCCUCUGACGGCACUACUUACCCCGUGGCAGGAGAUGCAAGCAAGUUCUACGUGUGCCUCAAUAAGGAGCCCACCAUUGUAGCCUGUCCGGCUAAUACCGCCUACGAUGCCGACCUGGGCUUUUGCAAGACCGUACCCAGUCCUUAUUGCGACCAGACUGUGUGCAAGACUGCCACUGAGUACUCGACCUACCCAUCGCAGAGUAACGACUCUUCGACAUUCUGCCUGUGCGAAAAUGGUGGAGGAUAUCUCAAGUCCUGCGCCACCGGAUUGUUUUACGACGAAACUACAGAUACCUGCUCUUUUUCAGGAAACUGCGAUCCUCUGAUCUGCACUGGUCAGUCGGAGUACUACGUGUCAACGGACUACGAGGACCCCAAUAGUUUCUGUUUGUGCCGCGCUGGCGAUCCCAUCUCAGUGCCCUGUCCCCGAGGCUACACUUUUGACAGCAAUGAGCUGGAGUGUGUUCUCAUUUCUCAACCAGAUCCACGUUGCUCAUGCAAUGCCUGCGCGGGCAAGACGGACUUCGAUACUGUUUCGGCUUUGGAUACUACCGAUGGCUUCUGCCUCUGCGUGGAUGAGGUUCCCAAGUACGUCAGCUGCCCCGAUAAUUCCCAAUAUGACAAUGAUCUGGGUUACUGCACCAGCACUGCGGAAGAAACAACUUGCGCUGUGAAUGCCUGUGAUGCCACCACUUGUGAGACGGAAUCGGACUACAACACCUUCCCAGUGCAAAGUGAUCCAUCUGGCUUUUGCUACUGUGUUAACUACUGUCCAAUCUAUCGCGCCUGUGGCGAUAAUCUGGAAUACAACGAGAAGUUAGGAAUCUGCACGGAACCAGAGGAUUCAUGCGUUGUCCCCAAAUGCAAUGAAGAGAAAUGUGACGUCCUGGCGGAGUACACUCCAUACGAGCCCAUCGAGGGAUCGGAUGGAUUCUGCUAUUGUGAAGGCGGUUUGCCAACCUUCCGUCUAUGUCCCGAUGGCCAGGAAUUCGAUGCCUCUUUGGGAAUAUGCAAAAAGCCUGUGGAUGGCUGCGUGACUACCUUGUGUGAUGUUGACAAGUGCUCUACCUUAAGCGACUAUGUUCCUUUCCCAGUAAACGGGGCUACCGAGGACAGCGAUUCCUUCUGUUACUGUGAAGAUGGCGACGUUGUCCUGACGCAGUGCAGCGCCGAAAUGGUUUACCUUGCGGAUCAGGGGCGAUGCGGAGUGGUGGCGGCAUCCGAGUGUAUUUGCGAAGCGGGUCAGUGUGGUUCCUCCAGUGACUACUACUCCUAUCCGGCUCUGAGUACGGUCGAUGGCUUCUGUUUGUGUGUGGCCGGAACCCCGGUCUUUAAGGAUUGUCCCGAGGGUAACACCUACAACACCGCCGUGGGUGCCUGCCUGUCGCCCUCUUCCAAGAUCGCCGAGGCCAGCCUCUGCGAUGCCAGCCGAUGCCACAGCCGUGCCGUUUUGGCCUCCACUUUUGCGGCCACCAAUACCAGCAGUGGAUAUUGCAGCUGCCAGGAUGUGGGAGUUUCCACCUUCACCAGCUGUGCGGAUGAGCAUGUUUACGAGGAGAGCGCGGGAUCCUGUGUGCUCGAGGCUUGCGAUUAUACCUACUGCCUGAACAAAGUCGCCUCCGAAACCUUCGAGGCGAAGAACACCACCGAUGGCUUCUGCUCCUGCAAUGGAGUGGCCACCUUCCAUCAUUGCGAAACGGGACACGUUUUCGACAAGGUCCAGGGCAUUUGUCUACUGAAGGACACCAUGGCUAUGAUCUCUUGCAACCUCAAGGAAUGCCUGAAGCGAAGCCAAUUCGAACCCUUCGCCGCGGAAAACACCAGGUCUGGAUUCUGCUCCUGCGAUGACCAGGAACGCAUCAGUGUCACCUAUCAUCCGUGCGCCGAGGGCCAUCUCUUUGCCCCCGAACUCGGCGUGUGCAAGGACCACGACAUCCAGAAGCGCUCCUUGGAGGCGGAGGAAAACAUUUGUUAUAUGGAUGAGAUGCGCUCGGUGCCAGCGAACUGUUCCCAGUACGAGGUGUGCAUCGAUGGCCACUGGCGGCGACGCACUUGCUCCGACCAGCGGUACUACAACCCGGAGCAGCAGCGAUGCCUGGAACCCCGGGACGACCUCGUCUGUGCCUACGCCCGGGUAUCAAAUCUACCGCCCUGCAGCAAUAUCAGCGAAUCUCGGACGGUUGUGGCCAAAAGUGGGAACUGUCUGCAAUACUUCCGCUGCUCCGGUGGCAAAUGGCGCCUGCGCAACUGCCCCAAGCAGCACUACUACUCCCCUUCAAUAGGAUCAUGUCUGCCCUUGCCGAGGGGCCUUGAGCAGGAAAGGAAUCAAACCAUGUGCGGUUUGGCCAGGAGCAAGUCUGUCAGUAAUUCCUCGCAGGAUUGCCAGCACCUGGCAGUGCGUCCUUCGAUGGCAGGAGGCUGUCAGAGUUACCUCAUGUGCCUGGACAACUCCUGGUGGCUGCAUCAGUGUCCCUUGGGCAUGUUCUUUAGCCGCGAGCACAACUACUGUCUGCCCAAUGAUGCGGGUCAGUGCUCUCAGCCAGCGGAGCAAAAUGCGACGAACUGUUCCAAUGGAGACAGCAGAUCUUUGGUGGGCAGUUGCCACAGCUACGAACUGUGUGCGGGUGGUCAGUGGACCAGGAGACGCUGCCAGGAGAGGGAGCAAUUCGAGCCCAUGCUAGGAUGUAUGCCCAGCGAUGGAAGCUGUCAUGACAAUGGGAUGAGGCGGAUCUGCCAGGAGGGGGAACUACGAGCUCGGUUCAGAGAAAACUGCUCCCAGACAUUCCUCUACUGCGAGGCGGAGGAGUGGCAUUUGGGCAGCUGCCUGAGAGGGCACAGUUUUGCCGGCAGUCUCAACAAGUGCCAGGUGCAAUCACAGUGCCAGCUCCAGAUGAGGGAUCUCCCCUCGGAGAAUCGGUGCCUGGGUCAGAUGGAUGGCCUGAGUGUCGCCGAUCCCUCGGAUUGCACUCGAUUCUACCUGUGCCUCCAGCAGACUCCCGCCAUCCUGCAGAACUGCGUCUCCGGCAGCUUCUUCGACUCUAGCCAAGGAUACUGCCGACCAAAUGAUGGCUCUUGCCAGCUGGCCAUUUGCUCGGGUCUGGAAGAUGGCAAGCUGGUGGCGAAUCCGGAUGAUUGUCGUUCCUACUACAGCUGCUCCAGCCAGAAUGGAACCCGGUUGAUACAGUGUGAUGAGGGGCAGUACUUCCACAGCUUCCUCUCGAUUUGCCGGAUGGAUUAUGGCCAGUGCCGAAAAGCUUCCAAUGAUGAGGAUUCUGGGACCGCAACCAGGUUGUGCUCUGGACUGCAUGGAGUGAGAAUAUCCCACGAGCGCUACUGCAAUUUGUACUACGCCUGUGUCAAGGGACUAGCUAUUCCCGUGGAGUGUCCAGCAGACCAUCAAUUUAACCCGGUGCUGUCCACCUGCGAACCGGAAUCACAGGCGGUACAACCAUGUCCCAAUGGUCAGCUGGAGGGGAAUAUUACCCACGUCUACAGCUGUGGAAACCUCCAGGAUGGCAGCUUCCUGGCCAAUCGGACUGACUGCACCCGGUACUUUAUCUGCGCCGGAGGAGUGGCCACUGCCCAGCGAUGUGCCGCGGGCACCUUCUUCGAUUCGGAGCAACAGCUCUGCCUUGCGGAUGAUGGCUCAUGUCCACUGGUGGAAUCAGAUACAGAUGAUGAUGACAGUCCAAACAAUCAGCAUGUGCCUCCAGAUCCGGUGGUUUGUGAGGGCAAGCAUGGAUAUAUCAUGCCCGAUCCGGCCAACUGCAAUAACUUCUACAUCUGCGUCUCUGGAAAACUUCGCCAUGAGCUUUGCUAUACGGAUUACUUCUUCAACGCCACGUUGCAGCAGUGUCAGGCCUACGAGGUCUUGUCGAAUGGGGAUUCCAUAACAGAGAAAUCUGUAGAGUCCCGACAGGUGGAGAUAGGUGGUCAGGAAAAGGCAGCGACGACUGGGAUCUGCAAGGAUGCACCCACUACUUUCGCUGGAAUAUGUGGUGUCAUCGGAAAUGGCGCUUCAGUGGCGGAGCAGGGUGACUGUAGAAGAUACACCAGCUGCGAGGAUGACGAACCCGUCUCCCAGCGAUGUCGCAACGGAGAAAGCUUCGACAGUCUCUUGGGAAUCUGUCGACAGAGCGAUGGAACCUGCCUCAUGGAGAACGGCGAAAGGGUUGGAGUCUGCAACGGAAAGCAUGGACAAUUGACUCGAGAUGCCGACAACUGCCGGGGAUACUUCACCUGCGUCCAUGGCCAAAGGAUCGAGGGAGAAUGCGCCCAAGGAGAGUGGUUCAACCGGCUGACCAACAGCUGCGAAGUUGAUGUCCUGCAACAGUGCAUAAGUUCUCCAGUGAACGUAAUCAGCGGCGAUAGCUUGGGUUAAAUGAAGGAUUGGCAGUCAAUCUUAUGGUGGUGGUCUAAUACAUAUACUACAAAAGCAUAUUCACGAAAAUAACAGCCAUUUUUUAAUUCCGAUAAAUAUAUUUGGAGAGUAAUUAAAGAAGUGGAUUUUAAAGAUUUGAGUCCGUUAAAAAUGUUAAAUAGU